CUACCCACCACCACUCUUCAUCCUCUCCAAGCAAACUCCUAGUGUGCUUGCUUUUUCUUCUCUCACCUUGGUUUCGUAUUGGCUGUUUCCUGUUCUUAGCUUGAGAAAUAGUAGGAAUGGGUCCAAAGAAAUGGUUUAAGAUAAUAGUCAAACUGAAGAAAUCCAAGGAAGAUAAAUCCAAACAAGAAAAGGUAAAUUCAAAUACAUAUUCCAACGGAAACCAAAUCACUUAUGAAGAGUCAAGUAGCAUUCCCAAUGAAGGUUUGAUGAUAGACCGGACAGUUCCCACGAGGUUGAUGGACGAUAUUGCAGCUACUCGGAUUCAAAAUGCGUUUCGUUCAUUUAUGGCAAGAAGAACAUUGCACCAUCUAAGGGGAGCAGUGAAAUUUGAAGCUUUAAUUCAAGAUCACUUGGCCAGAGAGCAAACAGCAACAGCACUUAGCUAUAUACAUUCAUGGAGCAGAAUACAAGAACAAAUUAGAGCUCGCAGAAUCUGUAUGAUAACAGAAGCCAGGAUUAAGCAAAAGAAAUUGGAAAACCAGUUAAAACUUGAGGCUAAGAUUCAGGAACUUGAGGUGGAGUGGUGCAGUGGUUCUGAAACUAUGGAAGAGAUACUUUCAAGGUUACAUCAGAGAGAAGCAGCAGCAGUUAAACGAGAGCGAGCCAUGGCAUACGCCUUCUCUCAUCAGUGGAGGCCAAACUGUAGCCAGUAUUUCGGCCAGGCUUCUUAUAGCCUUGGUAAAGAAAGUUGGGGUUGGAGCUGGAUGGAGCGUUGGGUUGCAGCUCGUCCUUGGGAAGUCCGGGUUCGAGUUCAGUCCACUAAAACAAAGAAACUCAAUACUCAGCCCCAAAAAACUAAAUCAGACAAGAUGAACCACAAUGAAAGCAAAGUGGCCUCGGCUAAACCUGCCCUGUCAAACGGGACGGAAAAUGGGAAAGGAAAGGAAAACAGCACUUCAGUGCUGACAAAGAACGAAGUAUCCAAAUAGUUCAAUAAAUUUGAAGGUUUACGGCUUCUCCUCCUCCUCCUCCUCCUCCUUUUGGGGUUGAUUUUUUCAUAUUUGGUUUGGUCAUUUGGCGUGUACGUUACAUUAGGAGACUUCACUGGUUACCUGCCUUUGCAUGAUGUAUACGAGUAUGAAUUCCCUAGUUUUGGUUGAAAUUUGAGAAUGGUCAUAUUAUUAUCCUUUUCUUUCUUGGGCAGUCCUUCAAAUAUUCACCGCGUGUAAUUAUGCUUAUAUA